AUGGUUGAUCAAAUUACACAAGUGGUCGUACAAGUCGAUUCUUCGGGCAGAACCAUUUUCCAACCAGUCGAGAGUUCAACACCAGAACCUCGGAGACCAACACCAUUGUCAGUCCCUGCACCGGAGAAAAAACUUACCCUUUUCGCCUUACGACUCGCUGUUCUUGAAAAGAUUGCUUCAAGGUUAGGAUCUUUAGGUUUCGUGUGGGCUACGGUUGUUCUUCUUGGUGGAUUCGCUGCGACUUUAGAGACAACAGAUUUUUGGUUUGUUACUUUGAUUCUUGUUGUCGAAGGAGCUCGGAUUUUCAGUAGAAGCCAUGAGCUUGAAUUGCAGCAUCAGUCUAAAUACACAAUCUCUGGAAUCAAUAGCUUCCGGUCUCUUGUUAAACACGUUAUCCAACUAUUCAACAAGGCGGCUAGGGUUUCCGGGAACGAAAAUAGAUCGUUAUCGGUUCAUGAAACGAGAAGAGAAGAGCGGAGUUCGAGGCAGAUAUCGCGGACAAGGACAUGGACAAGCUCAGAUGUUCCUAUGUUGCCUUACACAGGAUGGGUUUUUGUUUCAAGAAAUGUAAGUAGAGUCUUCUAUUGGCUUCAGAUUGCGUCUGCUUUCGCUAGCAUUGUUAUCUCCAUGAUCAAGCUCAUUAAGCAAGACUAUGGAGGCAACAACGACUCGAAACCGAUAAGCACCAAUCUUGGCUCUGCUUUGACUCUGUUUUACUCUCUAACGCUCGCCGAGGCGCUUCUCUUUCUUGUUGAGAAAGCUUACUGGGAAUGGAUGAUCAGUGUUUUCAAGAUUCUUGAUAAAGUGAAUCAAGAAUGCGGUCUCGAGGGAUUUGGAACGAUCCCCGUGAGAAGAUUCUUCUACGAUGCUUACUCGAGAUGCCUCAACGGGAGCAUCUUCGACGGAUUGAAGAUGGAUAUGGUCGUUUUCGCCAUGGAGCUUUUGGUGUCGAAUUCACUUGAUGAGCAGCACAUUGGAGCAGAGAUACUCUUUAGGUUCUCAACAAAAGAAGACUAUUCGGUCGAUACUCUACAGAAGAUUGGGACUAAUCUUGAGAUCAUAGAGAGGUUAGUAGAAAUGUUGAAUUGGAGAAACAAGAAUCAAGAAGUUGUGAGAAUGUCAUCUGCAGAGAUUCUCUCAAGAUUAGCUAGUAAGAAGCAGAAUUCUCUGAGAGUUGCAGCGAUACCGGGAGCGAUGGAGUCGAUAUCUUCUCUUUUAGAGAGCACAAGAGAUUCAGGUCAAGCCACGGAUGAAAUAGGCGAAAAGAGUACCAAUCAAUCCGAUUUAUGGACGUUCAACAAUCUUGGAUUGUUGAUCUUGAAAAGACUAGCUCGAGAUCAUGAUAACUGUGGAAAGAUUGGUAAAACAAAAGGGUUACUUUCAAAGAUCAUUGACUUCACUUAUGCUGACAAGAGGUUGUUGAAGAAUCCAAAUGUCGCGGUUGCGGAAUCUAACAAGAUCUUGGCUGUGAAACGGUCUUUGAAGCUGUUAAGGAGGUUGGUGAACACGACCGGUGCAACGGGGAGAAGCUUGAGGAGUAAUAUCUCUGGGAUUGUCUUUACAGUGAGCAACAUUAGGGAAACAUUACGCCAUGGAAAGAAGCGGCCUGAUUUGCAGAAGAUUGGUGCAGAGAUCUUGACUUUCCUCGCGCUUGACGAAGGUGCAACCGAGAAGAUUGGAGGCACGGGCGGGGUUUUGAAGGGACUUCUCUGCAUUUUCUUGAACGAUGAGAUUGUAGAGAAUCAAACUAGUGGUGUGAGAGUCUCUGCUGGUGAGUCUAUAGCUAUGUUAGCUCAAGGAAGUAAAAGCAAUUGCCAACGGAUCUUGAGAUCAGGUGUUCUUCCGGGACUUAUUGAGUCGUUGAACAACCCGUUGAUACGGUUGAAUGCAGCGAGAAUCUUGCGGAAUCUCUGUGCAUAUACUACUUCUGAUCAGUUCAAUGAACAGCUGAAAGAAGUGAAAUCUGCAGGAACAACAGUUCUUAAGGCAAUACAAUCUGAAGAGAGCAAACCUCAAGAAGUUAUGGUGGGAUUAGCACCGCAUAUUCUCAAGUUAAUGAGUCGUGAAGAAUCGAGAGCAAUGUUUGAGAAAGCAGGAGUAAGCGAAGAUGAACUAGCCGAUACAUUGGUCAAGCUUCUCAAGAGAUAUGAACAGCCAGUGCCAAAGGUUCCAAGAAUCAGGAGGUUUGCAAUAGAGCUAACCAUUGAGAUGAUGAAAACUAAUCCUAAGACGGUCAAGACUUUCCAAAACCUUGGGAUGAAAAAUGAACUAGAGACAGUCUUUGAGACCGCGGCUGAGCUUGAGAACUUUGAUAUAUUCUCUGGCACCGUUGGUUUGGCACGCCAUGGCUCAACGAUCAGUGAACUCGUUGAAGAAGCAAUGCUGUUAUUAAGUUAG